UACAGAGCUCAUAAACAGUGUUGGAUGGAAACAAACCCAGCGACUCCACAUCUCUGCCGAUCCCGGAUCUAAAUAGUCGGACUACGAACAGCAACAUCUUCUUUGUGGUUUCUUUUACAUCAGGAAGUUGACUGCUUCUCUAAAAUGUCCAGUGGAAACCAAUCUGUGUCUAAUGUUACUUCUGAGCUGCAGUAUCAGGGUGUGUUGGAGAGACUGUUGUUUUCCAUGUUGACUACAGUUUCAUGCUGUGUCUUUCUCUUCAUUAACGGGACCAUGUUGUUUGUGUUGAGGAGUAAACCGGUGUUCAGGGAGACCUGCCGCUACGUUCUGCUGUACAACCUCCUCGUUGCAGAUACUGUACAGUUGGCACUGAGCCAAACACUUUACGUGGUCGCAGCUUGUAGAGUGAUGCUGUCGUAUCCUGUUUGUGGUGUUCUCACCUUUCUUGCCAGACUCACAUUUGUGAUCUCUCCUCUGACUCUGGUGGUGAUGUCUCUGGAGAGGUAUGUAGCCGUGUGCUACCCACUCAAACAUGCUACCAUCAUCACGGUCAGAAACACAGGGCUGGCUAUCGUCCUAGUCUGGGCCUUCAGUUCACUAAAUAUAAUCAUUCGAGUGGUUUUGCUCUUACAGUUUCCUUUUGAAGACCUCCAUAGUCUGCAGAUGAAAGACUUCUGUUCUGGCGUAGUUAUGCGUCUUGGGUCAGGUUCUGCUGAUUAUGACGAAGGUUUUACUUGUUUGGUGUUUGUGUCAGUCAGCGUGGUCAUUGUGUCCACGUACGUCAGUGUGACGCUAGCAGCCAGGUCGGCCUCCACCGACAAAGCUUCGACCCAAAAAGCUCGUAACACUCUGCUUCUGCACCUGGUUCAGCUGGGCCUCAGUCUCUCUUCAACCUUGUACAUCCCGUUACUCACGGUUCUGUACAGAAUUACGAGGAUAAUAUUUGUACGCAUCCAGAAUGUUUUAUAUAUGUUCAUUGUCAUCUUCCCCAGAUGUCUGAGCUCUUUCAUUUAUGGCAUCAGAGACCAGAGCAUCAGACCCGUCCUCAUGCACCAUCUCUGCUGUCAACUCAAAGUUGGUUUGGUCCGGCCGGGGCGGUCACCCUGAGCUCUUCAUGCACUUGUAAAUGACGUCUAUACUCGAUUUCAAAAACCCUCAAGUUUCCUAUUGUUGUACAACAAAACUAA